AUGCACUGUGUAGGGAAAAGCAGUUUGCUCCUACGAUUCGCAGACAACUCGUUCUCUGGCAGUUACAUAACUACUAUUGGAGUUGACUUCAAGAUCCGCACAAUAGAGAUUGAUGGAGAAAGAGUUAAACUCCAGAUCUGGGACACUGCAGGGCAGGAAAGGUUCAGGACCAUCACCUCGACGUAUUACAGAAACACUCAUGGUGUCAUUAUUGUUUACGAUGUCACAAAUCCAGAAUCAUUUGUCAACGUGAAAAGAUGGUUAAACGAGAUAUCACAGAACUGUGACAAUGUCUGCAAAAUUUUAGUUGGAAACAAGAAUGAUGAUCCUUCUAAAAAGCUUGUGGACUCUCAAGAUGCUCUGCGCUUUGGAGAGUCAGUUGGUGUGAGGCUAUUUGAGACAAGUGCUAAAGAGAAUAUCAAUGUAGAAGAGAUGUUCAUGGCUUUCACCCACAUGGUCCUUCGGGCCAAGAAACAGAGCCAGAGUCGAGCAGAAAGACAGAGGGAGAGAGAAAAGGACACUGUCCAUAUAAAUUCCCACAGGGACAGAGAAAGGAGGAAGAAAGGGAAGAAGUGCUGUUAGAGCAGAGGUGCCAGAACAGACGGAAAGAGGGACAAAUCGAACACCGUUGCAACUCUGAUCCUUUGGGUCACGUUUUCAGCUCAGAAAUGUGACCUUUUUUAUGUUAACACUGCGCUUAGAUAAAACCAAGAGGAAUAAAAAAUAACUUGCUAUUAUGUGCCGAACAUCAGCGUUUGUUUACACAGAUGUUUAUCAAUGUAAGGUUGUUGUUUCUGUUUUUUGUUUUUACAAAAGGGGAAUUGACUGGCAUGGAUUUACACUGGCAUCAAAAGGCUGGUCCAGGAAAGACACUAUAUACAAACUGUCUUAUGUGUUCCACUGUGAUUAGUGAGAGAUGUUUCUUGUUGGAUUAAAAUUGACUUGAUAUAUGCCAUUAAUGUAUGCAAAUAAUAAAUUAGCAAUAAAAUCUGAUUUUAAAAAUCACAAACCCCACAAGUGUUAAUUUCUAACGUCUUGCAGUUGUGAAAGAGGCAUGUCUGUAAGUGACUACUGCUGGAUUGACUAAAUGCUCGCUGUUCUUUGCAGUAUAAAAUGCUAAAAUGUGCAUGCCAGAAUUGUUCCUGAGUUUAACCUGCUAAAUAAAUGGUGGAAGAACCAUUUCUUUAGAUGAUUUAAUUUGACCUCUGAGUCAUAUGUUUAUGACUCAUAAAUCAAUGAAAUUCCUAUCUGUUUGUCAGUCAGCUCUGUCUUCUUUCUUUUUUCUUAAUGCACUAAAUAAGUUUUAUAUCAAAUUACACUGAAUAUACAUGAAGGGAUCAUUUAAAAAAAAAAGACAAUAAAAUACCAGGUAGUCUACAUAAAAAAAA